AUGUCAAAACAGUGGGCUAGUACAGACGGUGCUUUCAAAAGACAAGUUUCUUCCUUCAGAGAAACAAUCUCUGUAAGUCAUCCAAUUUAUAAACCGGCCAAAAAUAGAUACUGGCUAUAUGUUUCAUUAGCAUGUCCAUGGGCUCACAGGACGCUUAUUACAAGAGCUUUGAAAGGGUUGACUUCUGUCAUCGGCGUGACCGUCGUUCACUGGCAUUUGGACGAAAAGGGCUGGAGAAUGUUACAACCAGAUUCUACUGCUGCUGCUGAUAGAAAGAACGAUUAUUUCUACACUCUCUCUGGUGGUAUCAAAGACAAUGAUUCGGAUCACUCACAUCCUGCAGGUACUAUCAAAAAUGACUCACAAAGAAUGUUCAUUGACGGAACUUUUGAUCCAAAUCACCAAUUCAGCAGAUUGAGCGAAUUGUAUCUAAAGAGUAAUCCCGACUAUUCUGCAAGAUUUACCGUUCCUGUAUUAUGGGAUACCGAGACUGAAACCAUUGUCAACAAUGAGAGUGCUGACAUCAUUAGAAUCCUCAACAGCGGCGUCUUCGAUGACUUCGUGGAUGAUAAGAAAUUCAAUUCUGUUAACUUAGUUCCCAAAGAAUUAGAAUCAAAGAUCGAUGAGUUCAAUUCCUGGGUCUACGAUAAUAUCAAUAACGGUGUUUACAAAAGUGGUUUCGCUGAGAAUCCGGCUGUUUAUGAAAAGGAAGUUACAAAUGUCUUCAACCAUCUAGAUAAAGUAGAACAAGUUCUUAAGGAAAAAUACGAAUCUUUGGAAAGAAAGUUUGAUGGUAACACAAAAGAUAUUCUAAAUCACUAUUUCACCGUUGGCGAGCAACUAUCUGAAGCAGAUGUCAGGUUGUAUACUACAAUCAUCAGAUUCGACCCUGUCUACGUUCAGCAUUUCAAAUGUAAUUUCACCACCAUUAGGGAUGGAUAUCCACACAUACAUUUGUGGCUAAGAAACUUGUACUGGAACAAUCCGGCCUUCAGAGCCACCACAAAUUUCGAUCACAUCAAAUUACAUUACACUCGUUCCCACACAAGAAUCAACUUGCUGGGAAUCACCCCCUUAGGUCCAAAACCUGACAUUAGAUCUUUAUAG